UUUAACAACAAUCCUCUCUCUCUCUCGAAAUCUUACAACUUCUACUGGACAUAAUAUCUUAAAUAUGCUUUUAUCUAUAACGUGUUUGAAUUGAUUUUCUGAUUGUUUAUAAACAUUUUUAAAAACAAGUCAAUCCAAACGUGUUAUAAUGAAAACUACCAUGUAUAACUAUUUUGAUGCAUUUAUUCAUUUUUUUUACCCAUAUAUAUGCAGAAUAGAAGAGAAGUGGUUUGCAGCAGCUUCCCGUUGCAGCAAUAAUGAAGGGAGAAUUAUUGAAGGUGUAUUAUUAUUGUGCAGUAGUAGUAGUAGUAAUAAUAAAUGGUGUGGUUGAUGGAGCUGCAUCAACAUCAUCAAAACACAAAGGGAAAGGUGGUAGUGGUAGGGGUAUAUGUAGUUGUUACUUUGUAUUUGGAGACUCUCAAGCAGACAAUGGAAAUAACAACGACAUGUUAGAAAGAGAAUACGGACGUGCAAGAGCUGAUUAUAAGCCUUAUGGCAUUGACUUCUCAUCGUCAUCAUCAUCAUACAUACCCACUGGCAGAUUCACCAAUGCCCGCAACGUUCCUGAUUUCAUCGCUAAAUUUUUAGGGUUUGACGAUUACAUUCCACCAUUUAGGACUACAAAGAGUCGGACUAUUCUUAAAGGUGCAAACUAUGCAUCUGGAGGUGCAGGAAUUCUCCGUGAAACUGGAAGAACAUUGGGGCAAGUAUCAAGCAUCAAGAAGCAAUUGGAAAAUCACAAUUACACAAUUUCACAGAUGCAUACGUUGUUGGGAAGCAGUAGUAAAAUUAAUAGAUAUCUUAAAGAAUGCUUAUAUACAGUUCAAAUUGGAAGCAAUGAUUACCUUAAUAACUAUUUUAUGCCAAAAAUCUAUAUGACAAGUACUCAAUAUUCUCCACAAGCAUUUGCCACUGCCCUAAACAAAAAUCUCUCUCAACAUUUGAAGAAUCUAUAUAAUUAUGGAGCAAGAAAGGUGGCCAUUUUUGGAGUGGGAUCCAUAGGUUGUACUCCAUAUGCAAGGGAAAACUUUGAGCACACAGGGCUUCCAUGUGUGGACGAAAUAAAUAGUGCUAUUCAACUUUUCAAUUCUGGCCUCAAGUCUCUUGUUCAACACCUUAAUGCCAACUUGCCUUCUGCUAAAUUUACCUUCAUUGAUGUCUUCCAAAUUUCCACUGUUGACCCUUUGAAUUAUGGUAAAAUGGUUCUAGAUGCUCCUUGCUGUGAAGUUGGAGCAGGAGCAAUGCAAUGUUCUCCAUUUGGAAAAGUGUGUAAGAAUAGAGGAGAUUAUAUGUUUUGGGAUGGAGUUCAUCCGACUGAAAGUGGAUUUAAAUUAGUAGCAAGUAGAGCCUUUAAUGCCAAACAACCUGGUGAAGCUUACCCUUUUGAUAUUAACCACCUCGUUCAUCUAUCUUAAAAGCAUCUCUUGACUUAAUGUCUGUUCGCAGAUGUGCUUGAACCGUUUAAAUGGGUUCCAAAGUGAUCGGACUACAUCUCUAGUAUGCAAUGAAUGUUCACUUCAUCUGAUAGCUUGUAUUCGUGCUUCUAAAGAGUGAAUAUUGACACUUUUGUACAAUUUUUUCUAUCUUUAAGUUCAAGUAUAUAAAAAACUCAGGACAAGUAAUUUUCUGGGUAAGUUCAAGUUUAACACAAGGACUUGUUGAUAUAUUAAUGGGAAAAAACUCAAGACAGAUUUCUUGGGUACA